CGUAUGCCGUAAUAAACCACUUUACAGAGUGGACGUUAUUUAUAGAUUUAAAUUAAAACGAGAUAAGAAUGAAUAUUUGAUCCCUAAAAGCAUGCUAUAGAAGAUGAAAGAAGAUGCAAGCAACAUUUAUAUUUCCUCAGUUGAUUCUAUUGAAUCGUUUUUCAGCUAUGGCUAAGCCAAUACCAAUGCCCUUUUUUCAAAGACCUUGGCUGAUGCAGCAAGGAGCAGCUGCAGCGGAAGGCGGCAAUAAAGGUUUAAAAGGCAUUUUAGCGGGUGGCAUAACAGGUGGCAUUGAGAUUUGCAUAACUUACCCCACCGAGUACAUUAAGACUCAGUUGCAGUUGGACGAAAAAGGUGAUCGUAAAAGAUAUAGCGGUGUUACGGAUUGUAUAAGAAAGACUGUUAUUCAAAGAGGUUUCUUUGGUCUCUAUCGAGGCUUGAGCGUUUUAUUAUACGGCAGCAUACCGAAGACGGCCAGCAGAUUUGGAGCCUUUGAAACUCUAAAAGACCACAUGGCUGAUAAUGGUCAAUUAAGUAUUUUCUCUAAAUUACUAUGCGGCUUAGGUGCGGGCAUAUGCGAAGCUGUGAUUGCCGUAACACCUAUGGAGACUAUCAAAGUCAAAUUCAUUAAUGACCAACGUACAGCGAAGCCUCAAUUUAAAGGGUUUUUUCAUGGCGUUGGACGUAUUAUUUGUAACGACGGCAUCGGUGGAAUUUACAAAGGAGUGACAGCUACUAUCCUAAAACAAGGUUCCAAUCAGGCUAUACGUUUCUUUGUUGUGGAAUCGCUUAAGGAUUCAUACAAGGCUAAAAAUCCCCAAAAACCGGUUCCUAAAUUAUUAGUAGGAGCUUUCGGUUUUAUAGCUGGCGCUGCUUCGGUUUUGUGCAAUACUCCCCUGGACGUAAUUAAAACACGCAUGCAGGGAUUAGAAGCAGCUAAAUACCAUAGUACAGCCAAUUGCGCUUUAAAAAUUUGGCAUAACGAAGGCAUUUCCGCCUUCUAUAAAGGUACUGUACCGCGCCUAAGUCGUGUCUGCCUGGAUGUUGCUUUCACUUUUAUGAUUUAUGAUUCUUUCAUGGAUGUAUUCAACAGAGUUUGGUACACAACAGACGAAAUCAAUUAAUUUGAAGCAUUUCUUUUUGAAAAAUAUACAAGCAAAAGUAUAAAUUGAUAAAACCUAUUUUUAAGAUAAUCUUUAUAUUUAUGUAAUUUAUAUAUGUAUAUUUUUUAUAUGUAUACCUAACUAUUAUAUGCAUGAACAUUUUCUUGUUAACUGCAAACUAAACAUUUUUUUUGAGCAAACUUUAAGGCUUUAAGGCUAAGAAUCC